UCCAGAGAGAGGACGGCUUGAAGAGAGGACACGGCCACUUAACCUGCUCCAGCAGCCCACACUGCAUCUUCACUCAGAGAGAGAAUGUCUGCCGGGUCUGAGGAGGAUCUCUCCUGUCCUGUCUGCCGUGAUAUCUUCAAAGACCCCGUUGUCCUGGCAUGCAGCCACAGCUUCUGUAAAGACUGUCUGCAGAACUGGUGGACAGAGAAAUACAUACAGGAGUGUCCAGUCUGUAAGAGAAGAUCAUCAAGGGGUGAUCCACCUUGUAACUUGGUGCUAAAGAAGCUGUGUGAGGCCCUCUUACUGAAGAGAGAGACGAGGGCUUCAGCAGGGUCUGAGACUCUCUGCCGUCUGCACUCUGAGAAACUCAAACUCUUCUGUCUGAACCAUCAGCAGCCAGUGUGUGUUGUUUGUCUGCAUUCAGAAACACACUCUGGACACACAUUCAGACCUGUUAAUGAAGUCGCACUGGAUCACAGAAAGGAGCUCCUGAAGCGCCUGAGGCCCUUACAGCAGAAACUGAGGCUGUUUGAAGACGUUAAAGGAAACUGUGAUCAAACAGCAGAACACAUUAAGGUCCAGGCCCGACACACAGAGAGGCUGAUUAAGGAGCAGUUUAAGAAGCUUCACCAGUUUCUACAAGAGGAAGAGGAGGCCAGGAUCUCUGCUCUGAGGGAGGAAGAGGAGCGGAAGACUCGGAUGAUGAAGGAGAAGACUGAAGCUCUGAGCAGAGAGAUAGCAGCUCUUUCAGACACAGUCAGAGCCACAGAGGAGGAGCUGAGAGCUGAAGACGUCUCAUUCCUGCAGAACUACAAGGCUGCAGUGGAAAGAGUCCAGCAGCGCCCCCUGCUGGAUGAUCCACAGCUGGUCUCAGGAGCUCUGAUAGAUGAGGCCAAACAUCUGGGCAACCUGACCUUCAACAUCUGGAACAAGGUGAAGGACAUGGUCUCCUACACUCCUGUGAUUCUGGAUCCAAACACUGCUCAUCCAGAACUCAUCCUGACUGAAGAUCUGACCAGUGCGCUAUUUGGAGAGAAACAGAAGCUUCCUGACAACCCAGAGAGGUUUGACUACUUUCGGAUUGUCCUGGGCUCCGAGGGCUUUAACUCAGGGACUCACAGCUGGGACGUUGAGGUUGGAGACAACACAGACUGGUUUGUUGGUGUGGCAGCAGCGUCCGUCCAGAAGAAGGGAAAACACCCAUGUAGUUUAUGGAGAGUAGGGUACCUUAACGGUAAAUACACAGCACGCUCUCUAUCAGACCCCUCCAUAGUUCUGUCAAUGAGGAGAAAGCUCCAGAGGAUCAGAGUUAAACUGGACUGGGACAAAGGAAAUCUGUCAUUCUCUGAUUCUGAUACUAACACACACAUACACACCUUCACACACACUUUCACUGAGAGGCUGUUUCCAUACUUUAACACUAUAAAUGCACACUCACUGAGGAUAUUACAAAUUCCUGUCUUUGCAGUAGUAUGACAAGGAGCCUUAUCCUGAUGCUGAUCUUAUUCAGGAGAUCAUGUUUAUAUGGAACAUGAGAAACCUGAGACACCUGAACUACAAAGCCAGUUCAGCAUAUCUAGGACAUCUUUUUGUUAUGUGCUUUGACCAACCCUAACAUUUGCUGUCUGGAUAACGGGUACAACAAAGCUGUGUAUCAACUGAUUUAGUCAACUCUGGGUUUUCCUACCCUGAAGUUACCCCGCUAACUAGUACAGGCCUCAGGUUAUUCUUUUCCUUGUAUACAAGACGCUGCUGCCACUGCCAAGGACAAAAGCAGACUGCAGAGCAUCAUUUGCUCCGCCGAGAAGGUGAUUGGCUGCAAUCCGCCCUCCCUCCAGGACUCUGAGGUGCACAGGAAAGAUUGUGGCUGAUCCCUCCCACCCUGGACACAAACUCUUUGAGACUCUCCCCUCUGGCAGGAGGCUGCGGUCCAUCACAACCAAAACCUCACACCAUAAAAACGGUUUCUUUCCGUCUGCAGCUGGCCUCAUCAUCUUGGUCAUUCACCUGUCACAAACUGCACUGCGUUGAUUUUGCACAUCCACAUGAUCACACUAGUAUCCAGGGAUCUGAUCAUGUGGGUGCAGUUGUGUUCAUUUCUUUCUAUCUUAGCCAUUAUGCUCUGUACCACCAAAGACUGAAUAUUAAUGAAUAUGGAGUGGAGUAACAAGGACCCUCGUGCACAUGUAAAUGUACUCAGUGUGAACACAUACAGACAGUUUUAUAAAUGUGCACCACUCUUUGUUGCUGCAGUCAAAGCAGGGUCUAAAAUUAGCACCCACCACCUGCCAGAUCCAGGUUAAUUACUGGCAGUGGCGUGUGAAAUAGUCAGGCCAUCUGCCACUUUGGCAAACAGGGAAAAGUGCAAAAUGGAAACACAUUCAAUAAUAUAAGCAUAUGAUUGAAUAGAGCUGCACACAAUGCUGUUGUCAUUAGAACCGUAUUCACUUUGAUUGACAGUCAAAGAUCACUGAAUUCUAAUACUGUGUUUAGGGAUGCAUGAUAAUAUCGGCACGUUGUGGGAAUCAGCCAACGUGCUUUUUCUUAGUUUGCACAUUGAACGAAUAUUAGACGUUGAAAGGCACAGUAUAUGUCUCCAUCUGCUGGUUGGCCUUCACGAUAAGAGCAUGCAUGCAUAUGAUGUUAAUUCCACUACAGAAGAGACUUGCUGUUUUGUGGCUAAACUGUUUUCCAGAUUAAUCAGAUUCAUUUCCUACAUUUUCAAAGCAUUAGUGACGUUCAACUCUGGAGGU